AUGGCCAUAUUCACUCUUAAACCUUUCUUCUUCAUCUUCAUAUUACUCACAUCAACCCAUGCUGGAACAACCUCCGUCCCAAGUUCAAACCUAUUCCGAGAAUAUAUAGGAGCCGAGUUCAACAACGUUAAAUUUUCUGAUGUCCCCGUUAACCCAAGUGUCGAAUUCCACUUCAUUCUCUCUUUUGCCAUCGACUAUGACACUUCAUCAUCCCCCUCUCCCACCAACGGAAACUUCAACAUCUUUUGGGACACCAACAACCUUAACCCUACCCAGGUUUCCGCCAUCAAGACCAAAAACUCAAACGUCAAAGUAGCCCUUAGUCUUGGUGGAGACAGCGUCGGAGGUGGCUCUGCUUUCUUCAAUCCCUCUUCAAUCGAUUCUUGGGUUUCCAAUGCAGUUUCUUCACUGACAACCAUAAUCAAAGAUUACAACUUGGAUGGAAUCGACAUCGACUACGAGCACUUCCAAACGGACCCUGAAACCUUCUCCGAGUGUGUGGGGAGGUUAAUCAAGACGCUGAAAUCCAAUGGGGUCAUAAAAUUUGCCUCGAUUGCUCCUUUUGAUGAUGAUCAGGUUCAAAGCCACUACUUGGCCUUGUGGAAGAGUUAUGGGAGCCUCAUAGACUAUGUUAACUUUCAGUUUUAUGCAUAUGACAAGGGCACUAGUGUGGCACAGUUCAUUGAUUACUUCAACACGCAAAGUUCAAAUUACGAUGGUGGAAAGGUAUUGGUGAGUUUCAGUACUGAUGGGAGUGGUGGGUUGGCCCCGAAUGAUGGGUUCUUUGCAGCAUGUCACACGCUAAAGAGUCAGCAAAAACUUCAUGGUAUCUUUGUUUGGUCUGCUGAUGACUCCAUGGGAAAUGGUUUUCGCUAUGAGAAGCAAUCACAAGCCCUUUUAGCUUUACCCUAG